UAACGCUCUCCCAUAUCUUUUUUUCUCUUAUCAUAACACAAUGUCUCAAUCAUUGCGUCUUUCUUUUUUUUCUAAAACAAAGGAGACUUCAAGAAAAUUAAAAUAAGCAGGUGAGCUGUGACAAGAAAAUUAAAAUAAGCAGGCGUUUCUAAGAUUCUCUACACCUCUCAAAGUCAUGGCCUCGUCUGCGGAUCUUAGCAAGAAGCAGUUUAAGAAGUCUAUGACCAAGAAAUCACACUCAUGGUGGUGGGACAGUCACAAUUGUCCCAAGAACUCGAAGUGGCUUGCAGAAAAUCUAGAGAAGAUGGAUGACCGUGUGAAACACAUGUUAAAGUUGAUUGAAGAAGACGCAGACUCUUUUGCCAAGAAAGCUCAGAUGUAUUACCAGAAGCGUCCCGAGUUAAUCCACCUUGUGGAGGAGUUUUACCGCAUGUACCGCGCUUUGGCUGAGCGUUAUGAUCAAGCUAGUGGUGAACUUCAGAAAAUGCAUCUCUCUGGGACACAGUCACAGGGCUCUCUUGAGAAAUCAUCUCCUACUUCCCAAGAGAAAUCGAGUCACCCUCAUAAGGAAGAUGAAGAAGACUCAUCAUCUCUGUCUGAUUCUGAUUCUGAUUCUGAGUCUAAAUCGGUUCCUGAUGAUGAAGAUGGCGACGAGGCAUUGAUCCGUAGGAUGGCUGAUCUAGAACUUGAGCUUCAAGAAACUAAAGAGAAACUCCAGCUACAACAGGAACGUCUUAAUGGUGCCAACAACACUGAUCUCCUUCAGAAAAUUACUGUAUAUGAAGGAGAGCUUAAAGAAGCUAAUAUAAAGAUUCGAAUGCAAGAAGAAGAGAUCGCUAAUCUGAAGAUUGAGCUUAAUCGUUGCAUUUCCUCUGAAGCAGAAACUCAACUUGGUGUUGAGAAAGAGAGUCUUCAUUUGGUUAAAGAGGAAACUAAAGAUGCAGGGGCCACUCUUUUCUGCUCAACCACGUCUGGUGGUAUUGUGUCUCUUUCUAUUAUUAUCAUUUUGUAUUGUUUUAAAAAAUACACUAGCCUCUGA